CUUAGCUUUAAUACUCAAGAGAAAGGGAUAUUUAAAUUUGUAUAUAUUUUGAAUUGGCAAGUGAAUAAAAAUUAAUGAAAUGGAUGAGUUGAUGAGGAAGAAUGAGACCUUGGGUCAGAAGGAUUACAAGCCUGCCAAGCGUGAUCUUACCUGCAGCGUUCAUUUUGUCAAUCCGGGUACUUCAUCGGAGGAUGAACUGGCGUCGGUGACACGACUGGUUUCUAAAGCGGAGGAUUUGGAACUGGAUCGUGUUUUUAAGCGUGAAUUGACGGAUUUGGCCACCAAUCGCUCGUUGUUUGAGUUUGGACAUAAUUUUGAAGAAGUCCGAGAUUGGCUUAGUAUCGAGCAGCCGUCCAAAGUUCCCCUGGGAACCGUCUUGCGAUACAUGCUGGAAAACCAUUUAAAGACAACAGUACAGAUCGAAAUCAAUAAAAUGUACUUUAAUUGUCAUGUAAUUGUGCUGCAGUCAUACUCAAAGUUCUUUAUGGACCUGGAAGAGAUUCCUCUCGUGGUCACACUGCCCGAGGAUAAAGUAUCUCAAAAGGCAUUUAUGCUCAUCUACAAAUGGAUGCUCAGCGAUGAGCCGAAGCUGGAGAGAAAGAAUAUUAUUGCUGUAUUUAUAGCUGCCAGUUAUUUGAGAAUUGAAUCUUUAUUGCAACACUGCUGGAAAUAUUUUGAUGAUAUCAAUUGUUUCAAUGAGGUCACCGCUUGUAUAAUGUACAUAGAUGCGAAAGGCAAUCCAGCUUUGGAUAUUGUGCGGAGUUUAAUGCUGACUCGUAUACAAAAGUUUCUGCUUACAUUUGUGGCAACUCGAGACUUUCUUGAUGUGCCGCUAAAGCAUCUUGUAUAUCUGCUCAGUUCCGAUGACAUUUGUGUUAACACGGAAGUUGAGAUUCUCUUCAUUAUCGUACGUUGGCUGGGACACGAUUGGAAACAUCGGCAGUCAUAUGUGGCAAACUUAAUUGGUUGCAUACGUUUUAAUUUGAUGCCACUGUGGUAUUUACUUUGCGUGCGACGGUUGGAAACUCACAAGUUGAUCAAAGAUCUGGUUAGCCUGCCCAAAGUGAAUAGCAUAUUCAAUGAGGCGAUUGCACAGAUUACUUCUAGCAUGUACGAGGAGAAAAUUAGCGGAAUCAGCAUGGAUUAUGAGUGUCUCACAAGAAAUGCAAAGCAGCGUCGAUGGAUACAGGAUGAGGCAUGCCCCUACUUUCAUCUUAUUGGCUGUCCAUACACUCGUGAUAUCAAUUUCAGUCAAUUUGAGUCGUAUUUGGCAAUCUUGCAGCAGCAACCGCAUGAUUGCUGGGCCAAGGUUAAACUACUCGAUUUAAAAAAUCCAAAAAAAUGUUGCAUGAAGCUACAUAAUAACGAUAAAUGAUUAAAUCCAAUGG